GUACAACAGCAUGAUUGUUCCCUUCCUCUUCUUCAGCUUCUCCUUCAGUCGUGGAGUGGAGUUGGGAUCCAGGACAGUGCACAUAUUUCGCAGCAACAGCACCAGAGUGGCUGUAGUCCAGUCGUAGGAAGAAGGACAGAGGAGGAGUUUUGGAAAGUAAACAUCAUCCAGCUUGACUCAUGCUCACAAAGAUCUCUUUCUCCUCAGCACUCUUCACACUCUGGUGAAGACAGACGUAGAGGUUUGGAUGCAGGUUGUAUGUUGGCUGCUGUGCCUUGGCACAGCGGGGGCACUUGGUGCGCUGCACAAGGACCAAGUGGCCCAGCACGCCAUCAAGCUUUAUCGGAGCAAGGGGGCCACACACGGCCACAGCUGGGUGGCCAGCAACUGCAAGCGGCUCGUUGGUCUCCUGCGUCAGAAGAAUGUGGUCGUCAGGAAGCUGGCAGCCGCUGCCAACGGCGUUAGACGAGACCGGACCCUUUCAGAGCCAGAGAGGCUCUUCCAGGUUCACACUCUGGAGGUUUUCCAGAAGGAACUGAACGAGAGCGAACACCUGGUGUUCCAGGCGGUGCACAGCCUGCAGAGGGCGCUGCAGGGAGACUACAAGGAUGUGGUCAACAUGAAGGAGAGCAGCAGGCAGAGGCUGGAGGCCCUCAGGGAGGCAGCCAUAAAGGAGGAACAGGAGUACGUCGAGCUGGUGGCUGCUGAGAAGCACCAGCAGGAGGCUGUGAAGAAUGCUUUAACCCAGAAUAAGACUCUGUCCAUCCUCGAUGAGAUCCUGGAGGACGUCAGGAAGGCAGCAGACCGGCUGGAAGAGGAGAUCGAGGAGCACGCCUUUGACAACAACAAACAGAUGAAAGGAGUAAAUGUAGAGGCAGUGCUGAGAGUGGAGGAUGACGAGGAGAAUGGAGGGAAGAGGAAGAACAAGUCAAAGCAAAAGGAAGUGGAGGAUGACCUCGGGCUGAGCAUGCUCAUUGACUCGCAGAACAACCAGUAUGUCCUGACCAAACCACGAGACUCCACGAUGCCCAGAGCAGACCAUCACUUCAUCAAGGACUUGGUGUCGGUGGUGAUGCUGUCACUGCCCUGUGGUUGGAUUUGCAGCCUGGUCGGUCUCCCUCCCAUGUUUGGAUACAUCAUCUGUGGGGUCCUGCUCGGUCCCUCUGGUCUCAACAGCAUCAAGUCUAUGGUCCAGGUGGAGACUCUGGGGGAGUUGGGUGUGUUCUUCACCCUCUUUGUGGUGGGAUUGGAGUUCUCACCUGAGCGCCUUCGAAAGGUAUGGAAGACAUCAGUCCAGGGGUCGUGCUACCUGAGUCUGCUGAUGGUGGGGGCCGGUCUGUUGUGGGGACAAGUCCUGCGUAUUCGACCCACACAGACUGUCUUCAUUUCCACGUGUCUGUCUCUGUCCAGCACCCCACUCGUGUCCCGCUUCCUGGCAGGGGGGAGCAGAGGGGACAAAGAAGGUGAUCUGGACUACAGCAGCGUUCUCCUGGGGAUGUUAGUGAUGCAGGAUGUUCAGCUUGGCCUCUUCAUCGCUGUCAUGCCGACUCUGAUCCAGGCACAGAGUGGAGAAUCUGAGAGCUUCCUGUUUGGAAGUCUGCGCGUGUUGUACCUCCUGGCCCAGGUCCUGGUCUGUCUGGCUGCUGUGCUGCUGCUGUGUUUGUUAAUCAAAUCGUUCCUGAUUGGCCCAUAUUACAAGAAGCUGCAUGCUGAGAGCAAAGGCAACAAGGAGAUCCUGGUGCUGGGGAUGGCAGCCUUUGUCUUUUUCAUGCUGACGGUGACAGAGUUUUUGGAUGUUUCUAUGGAGCUGGGCUGUUUCCUGGCUGGAGCUCUGCUGUCCACACAGGGUCACAUGGUCACCGCAGAGGUCAUGGGAUGCAUCGAGCCGAUCCGAGAUUUCCUCGCCAUCAUCUUCUUUGCUUCUAUCGGUCUCCACGUGUUCCCGACAUUCGUGCUGUAUGAGCUCACCAUUCUGCUGGUGCUAACGCUCACACUCGUCAUUAUGAAGUUCGCGAUGGCCGUACUGGUGCUGUCGGCCAUCUUGCCUCCAGGCUCUCGACACAUAAGAUGGAUCGUAUCAGCAGGUCUGGCUCAGGUCAGCGAAUUCUCCUUCGUCCUGGGCAGCCGUGCACGUCGUGCUGGAAUUAUCUCCAGAGAGGUGUACCUGCUGGUUCUCAGCGUCACCACCCUCAGUUUGCUGCUGGCACCGGUGCUGUGGAAAGUUACCACACACAGAUGGGUACCCAGGACCGAACGCAAAACUGUCACAUAAUCAGACCGGCUUCACGGCCAAAAGGUUCCCAAUGUACUGUAACUCUUACAAAGCCGACAGCGAGAAGCAGGAGUUGUCUUAUGUGGCGACUCAUGUUAACACACACAAUGAUAUGACGCAGCCUGUUGGACCAAAACUUCCUCUCCUCCUUCUUCUUGAUUGACAGACUCAGUCCACCACUGUCUCUCCAUGUCAAGGGCAUACAACCUGGAUCAUCCAAGUACUGGCACCUUAUACUAGGUCUUCUUUGAAAACACAUUUCACACAAAAAACAACAAUUGCAGCUGAACACCUUCACUCUUUUGGUAAAACGCAGCAAUUGUAAAGGCUCGACAUUAUCUGUGACUUUAAAGGGAAAAUUCACCACGUUUUCUGUGGAUGUCCGGUCAGUGUUGAUGGUAAAUGUAGUAGACGGAAGCAGUGAAUUCCACAGUGUGUCUUUAUUUGACAGUGAAAGCCGAGUUCCCAGCUGCAAAAUCUGUUGUUCUUCCUGCAGCCAGCACCAUCAUUUGGCGUGACAGUGACAUAGUUGGAGGCAAGGAAGAAUGAAGGUUACAAUAUUGCAACCCUAGUUCCGUUAGCAAUUGUGGAGCCCUCUGCUGGACUCUGUGGGUAAUACUCUCCUUCAACCAUGAACAUGAUUCAGCCACUGAAAUGUGCAGAGACGUAGCCAAAGAAUCAGGACACGCCUGUACAAAUACCUGCAGGCCCCACAGUUUAUAAGGCAGUACCAGGACAUCGUCAGCUAUCCUGCACCCAAGGGGUCAACAAGCACAGGAGCGACAGGACACCAAGGUAGAGGGCUCUGCCUGUUUCUCAUAGAAUUAGAAUAAUCAUAACCUUUGCUUUGCUCUCUACUGGACUCUAUGGGUACAUUGGGUGGAGCCUGAUGAAUAAACACCCUGUUGCGACAUAACAUUGACCCAGGCACACUGAUCCUGACUUGCUAAAGGUUAGUCACCACAGCCCAACUACUUCUUCUUCAGUGGGUAAAUAAUUGUUGUCAUAUUGGCCGUCUGCAUUUAUAUAAAUUUCAGUGGCGAAUGAGUGCUUGUGAUUGGAGAAGAGCAGCAGAACCUGCGUGAGACAGAACAACAGGCUACUUCAGCUUGGACUUGUAGCUUCAUAAACAGAACUUUCUUGUUUGCUUGUAUUGCACACUAGCUACGUUUACAACAGCGGAAAUGGCAUCCUAAAAUAUGAGUGCAGAGGAUGUUAUGAAGAGGAUACAUUUUACAGUGUUUUGGCUGACUCGGUUAUUCAGCAGUAUUUAUUCAAGCCAGAGUAUACGGCGGAAGAGAUUAAGUAAAGAGAGGCUGAAGCUGCCGUGUGAGAGGAUAUGACCCUCCAGAACCAGAUCGCUGACUGGUGGUGCCUUUGCUCAAGUUGCUCUCCAGUGCCAACAAAAACUGAAUCAUUCUGCUGCACUAAAUUUCAGCACGGGCAGUGUUUGUUGCAUUAUUAAUCAAAGUAAAAGCUUGAAAGUUUUACUCCUUAUUUGCACAGAGGCUAGAGACCUUCAUCAAGAUCCUGAAGAUAAACUGGAAAAGAAAAACCAGUCCAGCAGGGCCAAGAGGGCAGAUAGACAUUAAUUAACUAUGUCUGUCAACUACGUCUUCUAUGCUUUCACACAAUGCAUCCUGGCACAUGUAGGCACUGCCAGUGUGUCUCCAUGAGCAGGUAAACGCAGCUUUCUCUAUCAGUACAGCACGCACUGAGAAACUUAUGACAUUUUCCAUCGACACAUAAAAGGUGGUGAAGAAUCAGUGAUUGAAAGCACACCUGCUCGACAGUUCGGUGCAGAAGCACACAUCCUUGAUAUCCUUCUAGUUCUGCUGCUUUUAAUCCACUUUCUCAUGUAUUAUGCAGAAAAACAGAUUAAUAAUUUUGUUUUCCGGUUAAAGUCAACUGAAUUCCUCUCCUUUUUAUUUUCAUCAGUUGUUGCACUUUCAAUGUUAAGUUCUAAUUCCUUGUAACAAUCACGGGACCAUAUCUGAAGGUUUAACUUCAUAUUGUGUCUCUUUUUUCAUGUAUGAGUAAAAUGUUUGGAUUAUUUUAAUAGGGAAACAUUUUCUAUAAUUUAUUUUGCCUCACAUUACUAUCACUGACUUUUAGGUUAUUGCAAAUGUCAGAUCUAAAUCCUUACUGAAGUGCAGACCUGCUGUAUUUAAUCGAUGGUACUUGUAGUUUACUGUAAUCAUUGUGCUACUGUGAAUUUAGCUGUGAGGACACUAAGCGUUACCUAAAAAUUACAACCAUUCCUUUUACAAAGACUAACCAUCUUUAUUCAUUCCUUUUUUUUUAAGUUUGCAGUUCUUUUCAAUCUCCUGUAAACUCUGAUAUAACACACAGUAGUCAACACUAAGAAAUGGAGAUAAUGAAUUAUUAGAUAGCGGCUCACAAGAACGCUGAUGUUACAUUUAAAGGAAAAUCCUGCACUAGUUACCAUUGAAUGUCAAACUUAACGUGCCUGUUCAGCACUGCUCUGCACUAAAAGCGAGCACCUCUGUGGCAUCUUGUGAUGUGAACGUCCUCGUCUUAUCUUACAUAAUGUGCAAUGUGAAAGUGUAUGUGUGUAAGAGCUACAUACAUGUUAGAUUGUGUUUUAUGUCUAACAUUUUCCAGCAGUUUGUGUCUUUCUUUGUGUAGUUUACAUACUUGUGUUGUUGGCCAUGACUGUUUCGAAGGCAAUUUUUCAUCAAAAUGUUACAUGUAUUUUCAAACUAUUUAGGUAAUUCAUUUAUUUAUUAAAAACAA